UCAUUGGGAACCCCAAUCGAAUGGCCGAGUUGUUUCGCAUUGCUUAUUUUCGUGUAUAAAAUAAAUUCAACUUAUUUUUAACUCUUUUCAACAUUGCGGAAUUCUUAUUUAUCAGUUGCGCUUAUGUAUUUUUAUUUGUUCAAGUGUUUUUGACGUAUUCCCAACAUGUUCCACCGCGAGUGCGUUACGGGUUCAUUGCCUUAUGUAAAACUCGAAGUGGUGUUUCUUCCGUGAGUGACCGAAAUAUACGGUGUCUUAUGUAUGAUGUGUGUGUGUUAUAAACAGGGUUAAUUUACUGGAAAAUACAAUGUCAAAUUCGACGGCUCAAGUGUUGAUGAAAAAGGGCAAGCGGGGUGCCGCUGCGUACAUCCAUGCGGACUGUGCGAGUGGCUCGCCUCAACACCUGGGGCCGCUGCUGGACGUGUUGCUGAACCCCAGCAAGACCAUCGAUGAAUGGGAGACCAUCGACUGGUGCCGCUGGCUGCUGGCCGGCGGACGGACUCCGGAUGAGUUCGCGACAGUCGUCCGGAGCUACGACAAGCACGACAAAUGCGGGCUGGUGUGGAUACCGCGUGUGGUGGCGUACCGCUGCCGCACCUGCGGCAUCUCCCCCUGCAUGUCCAUCUGCCGGGAGUGCUUCCACCGGGGGGACCACUCCACCCACGACUUCAACAUGUUCCUCUCGCAGGCCGGCGGCGCGUGCGACUGCGGGGACAACUCCGUUAUGAAGGAGGACGGGUUCUGCAGUAACCAUGGCAACAAAUGCCCUCGGCCGGGGACUGCGCCCGCGGAGCUCAUGUGUGUUGCGGAAGCCAUGAUGCCGCGACUUAUACUUCGACUACUGCAGCACUUUCGAGAGAACAGCUUCGGUCCACAAGCGAACUCGGACACAUACCGCAUCGCGGUGCAGGAGUGCGAGGGGUUCGUUCAGAUGCUGAUGGAGUUCAACAACAUGGGCGACCUGAUGCGCUCGGCAAUGACCAAGGCGCUUAUUAACCCACAAAUGUACAGAAACUUAGUGGAGCCGCCGUUCCCGGAGACGGAGUACGGCUGCUACAUGGCCGAGUCCAACAAAAUGUACGAGAAGGCCAUCGAGUCGUUCCCUGCGCCUGAGCCGCCUGAAGAGUACCGCAACCUGCCAGCCCUCGCGCCGCGGCUGCAGCACAACACGUUGUUGGACGAAUUCAUCUUCUGGACGUUCAAGUACGAGUUCCCGCAGAACGUGGUCUGCUUCCUGCUGAACAUGCUGCCUGACCAGGACUACAAGGAACACCUGACCCGCACAUUCGUGAUGCACUACGCGCGGAUCCCUCUAGUCCUGGAAGCGGCCGCGGACCCGGACACGCUAUCCAACAGAGUUGUCCACAUGUCUGUCCAGCUGUUCUCCAACGAAGCGUUAGCCCUCCGCUGCGUCCAACAGUUGCACCUACUCCACGUCAUGGUGCUGUCUUUGCGGCUCAUGAUGGGGAAAAUCCUAGUACAAAACACCCUGCAUGACCCCGAUAAGAACUUCCACUACGUGAUAGACUGUACCAGGAGGGUGAUGAAGGAGCAUUGUUACUGGCCACUGGUGUCGGAUUUCAACAACGUGCUGUCGCAUAAAAGUGUUGCGUUGCUGUUUCUACAAGACGAUGCCCUCGUUGAGAUGUGGUUCGAGUUCCUGUCCAUGUUGCAAGGCAUGAACGUGAACAUCCGCGAAGUGGGCGGGCACAUAGAGUUCGAGCCUUCCUCGUACUACGCAGCGUUCUCGUGCGAGCUGGAAGCGGCCGCGUACCCGAUGUGGUCGGUGCUCAACCACCUGACCGCCCCCGAGCACGCGCCGCUGGCCAGGCGCAUCAUCGCCGCCGCCCUCACCUACCUGCAGGAGUGGCUCGACGCGGUGCACUUCACGCGGCCGCAGGUGGAGCGGCCGGAGGCGCAGCACGCGUCGUUCCACUUCCCGCUGCACCGCUACCUGGCGGCCUUCCUGUGCGCCGCCGUGCGCUGCAUGGCCGUGCGGGCCGCCGACGUGCUGCCGCCGCCCGACCUGCUGGCGCUGCUGGCCGUGCACCCGCUGCGAGUGCAGAGCCUCUUCUACGAGAUCCUAGCAGGCGUAUGGGUACGCAACGGCCUACAGAUCAAGGGGCAGGCGAUGACGUACAUCCAGGCUAACUUCUGCAACAGCAUGGUCGACAUGGACAUCUACUGGCUGCAGAUCUGCGCCGCGCAUCUGCCCGCCGACCAGUUCCUCGAUAUGUGUAUUGAUAUGUUCGGAGUACGGGAGUGGCUGAGCAUGGCGCCGAUGUCGCCGGUGCAGGCUAUAGAGCAAGACGCUAUGGUGGAAGGGCUUCUCACCUUCCUCGCCAUACUCGUCUCUUCUAGGACCAACCUUGGUAAUGAUGAGCUAACCCAAUCCCGCUUAGAAGUGAGCACCCUCCUCGCGGCUGGAGACAAGACACACUCGCAACUACUGGAGCUGAUGCCAGAACGUUCUGGUAACGCGCACACCAGAAACUUCGAGACUGUGCUCAAAGAGUUAUCAACAUACAGACCACCUCCAAAAGGCUCGGAGAACUUGGAGCAAGGUCUCUUCGUGCCGAAGCCAAUCGUGUGGCAGCAAUACUACGACCCUCUUCACGUGUUGAGACGAGCCGUGCACCGGAGGGACUUCCACGCUUCCAUGGAGCGCUUCACAGCCUACGUCCGCGAGAAACAGAAGACCUCAGGCAGCAUGUCGAGCGGCGGCAGCGAUGGUGGCAGCGGCAGCGACAACACUGCUGGAGGCGCGCUGUGGCCGCCGCUACGACCUGCUGGGCCGCCACCACCCGGCGCUGGGGACCCACGCGCUUUAUGUGCUUCCGGCGUGCUGCACGGCGCGCUGCUGGCCGUGCUGCACCGCGGCGUGCACCGGCGCCAGCCCGACGCCGUGUCGCCGCACGCGCCGCCCGACCACGUGCUGGCGCUGGCCGUCUACCUGCUGGAUGUGGCCGCCGAGCUGGCGGCCGAGCGCGCCAAGGAACAUAACCGCGACGUGUGCGUGGCGGGCGCGGCGGGCGCGGGCCGCGCCAGCGUGGCGGGCGCGCCGCUGCUGGGCGCCUUCCCCGGCGCCGCCAUCUGCGACAACGCGCGCACCUACGUGGCCGCCGUGCCGCCGCCGCGCGCGCCGCCUGCACCCCACCACUACCCCGCGCACUACCACUCCGACAGUGACGGCGAAUGGGAGCCUUCGGAAUGUGAAACAGCGCCCGUGCCUAUACCAGCCACCAGCACUGCGUUAGCCGUGCCACCACCGCUGCAGGUGGCCCGGGGUGAUUCUAUGCCAGACGACCAAUCAGACGCGGGCGGAGAUGCUCCGCAGAUACGAGCGCUAGAGUAUGUGAUCCAGGGUGGAGAGAGUCAAGCGCUGGCGUUACAACUGAGCGAGACAGAGAUGGAUGCGGAUACGCAGCUGACACUUGCACUGGCUGCAUCGGAAGCUGAGCCUGACACGCCUUCAGCUGUGCCUUAUGAAAUGGGAGCGCCAGACUGGGAAGUGGCGCUUCGCCAGCAGUCAUCGUCUCGAACACCCGCACUGCCCGCGCCGCCCGAUGCGGCUGAAUCCUCCGAUACACAGGUCCAACUCCAUACGGAACAGGCAGACGAACAGAUCCCGGUGAACGAGUCCAUCAUAUCGCUGCUGCUGAAGCUGCACUCGCAGCUGUCCGGGAGGCUGGACUCAUUCUCCCUGGACGAGACACAGCCCGCCACCGCCGAGCCCAUUGGUGACGGGCCGCACUUCAUCGGGCAGGUGCUGCGCAAGCUGGCGCGGCUGGACGCGCGCUGCGCCGCCGCCAUCGGCCACGUGCGCCAGUCCAUGUGGCCGCACCAGCGGGAGCGGCAGGCGGAGCAGAGGGCCAGAGAACGCCGCGAGAAAGAAGAGCGCUCCCGACGCGCCCGUGAACGCCAACAGCAACUGAUGCGCGAGUUCCAGCGGCAGCAGGAGCAGUUCAUGUCGGCCAUGCAGAACAUGGAAGCCAGCGACGCGGGCGCCAUGGACUGGGAGGAGGAGGCCGUGGAACAGGACUACGACUGCGUCAUCUGCAACACCACGGCGCGAACCACGCCGCAGGACCCCAUCGGGCUGGUCGUGUUGCUGCAGUCGACGUCAGUGCUGGGCCACCGGCGCCGCGCGGGCACGGGCGACGCGCGCCUCGCCCUGUCGGAGGCCGAGCGCGCCCGGCUGGCCGCGCAACACGACACCACCGCCGCCGCGCACCACUACAGGCUGCACGAUGACUUACAUCAACAUUUUGACCAGGAGUCGUGGCUGGUGUCGGUGUCGGUGGGCUGGGAGGGCGGCGUGCACGUGGCGUCGUGCGGGCACCACCUGCACCUGCGCUGCCUGCACGCCUACCUGCGCUCGCUGGCCGCGCCGCAGCGCCCGCACAACCUGCACGUGGACCGCGGCGAGUUCCUGUGCCCCGUGUGCCGGCAGCUCGCCAACAGUGUGCUGCCGCUAGCGCCGACGCCGGCGCGGUCCGCGCGGCCGCCGCCCACCGAGCACGACGUUUUAGCUGCACAAGUACUCGCCAUGCUUGAAAAGGAACAUCCACCACCGCCCCCAAGCAAACUAUCAGAAGCGAUGGGCAAAGCGAUGGAAGACAUGACAGCGACAGCGGGAGGCAAGCUGAAGCAACGUUAUGGUUCCUCUCCUGCAGCCAUCUUCACCUUCGUAGCCUCACUAGUACGGACGAAUUUGGAGUGCGAACUUGUACAGCGCGGGGGUACCUUGCAAGCUCACCCCGCACCUCGCUACAAGCCUAGGAAUGAGUGUAUAGUGCCGCUGAUCGUGGUGGCGAGCGCGCACGCGCGCGUGCUGUGCGCGGCGGGCGGCGCGCUGGGCGCGGCGCGCGCGUGGCGCGGGCUGUGGCCGCCCGCCGCCGGCGCGCCGCCCACGGGCCGCAGCUCGCCGCCCGUGCCCGCCGCGCCCGCGCGCCCCGUGCCGCUGCUGCUGCGGGACCCGCUGGCGCUGCUGGUGCAGCUGCUGCUGCUGGCGCCGCCCAGCCCGCCGCAUAUUGACAUGCAACACUUCACGUGCAUAGUCCGCGCUCUGUACGCGCUGACGUACUACCAGAUCGUGUGCCAGUUCUGCGCCAACGCCAGCGCCGAGGGCCGCGCCGCGCUCGCAGCCGCGCCCCGCGCCGGGGAGCCGCAAGGGCUGAGGCAGGCCGCCAGACUGUUGUUGUCGGCGCUGGCUGGCUCCGAGUUGUUCACGGAGGACGGGCCGCCCGCGUCACCGGCGCCUAGCAGCGAUCAACCUGAUAUUGCCAGCAUGGAGAGACAGCUGCAAGAGCUGCUGCUGCCGUUCGUGCGCAUCGCGGCGCUGCUGCGGCACCACCUGUACGGCGGCGCGCUGCCAGAGGUGGUGUCCCCGCGCUCGGAGUUCGUGCGGCUGGCGUACUACCUGGAGCUGGUGACGGACGGCAUGGAGUGGGGCUCGUGGUCGGCCGCCUGCGCGCUGCCGCCGCGGGCCGAGCUGGCGGCGCGCGCCUGGGCGCGCGAGCUGGGCCACGCCGCGCACCGCGGCCAGCUGGUGGUCCGCCGCCUCCUCCGCUCGCUGCACGUGGAGUGGUCCCAGCCGGCGCUGCUGGCGCUGCCCCGCGACUACGACCGCCUGUUCACGUACUACCACGAGCGCGUGUGCCUCCAAUGCGGCGCCGUGCCCAAGGAGGCCUCCGUGUGCCUGCUGUGCGGCACCCUCGUGUGCCUCAAGCAGCCCUGCUGCCGGCAGCACCAGGUGGCCGAGGCUGUUCAGCACGCUAUGGAAUGCGGUGGCGGUACGGGCAUCUUCUUAGUGGUCACCUCUACGUACAUUAUCGUCAUCCGCGGCCGCCGCGCCUGCCUGUGGGGCUCGCUCUACCUCGACGACUACGACGAAGAGGACCGGGACCUCAAACGCGGCAAGCCCCUGUACCUGAGCCAGGACCGGCUGGAGCUGCUGCAGGCGCAGUGGCUGGCGCACCGCUUCGACCACACCAAGCGCACCUGGGUGUGGCACCGGGACUCGCUCUGAGCGCCGCCGACGUGAGCUAUCACACUGGAUAGUGAUCAAGAAUUUGAAUAGACAUCAACUUUGGGGGUUCACCAAUUAUAAAAGUAACAAAUAGAAUAAACAAAUUUUAGUUACUACACAAUACAUACAUAAAUAUAUGAUUACUGACACGAAAUCAGCAUAUUAAGGGGUUGAAGGCCACAUUAAAUCAAUUUAUCUAAACAAGCUAUAUUUAUAAUUAUACAUUUAUAUAAUAGUAAGUGUGCAAUUCCAACAAAUGUAACAUAGCAAUAUUCUUCUUUUAAAUGAAUUGCUUCAAUGUGGCCUUUAUAAACCCCCCAGACAUACUAAUACCCACAUUUAAUAACAAUUAUUUUUAUAAAUCUCGUGAUAUUAUUUAAAAAUGCCACUAAUUUCUUGUUACAAUAAACUCGAUUAUUGUUUUCCUCGACAUGCAAUAACAUUUUUGUUAUUAUGUUCCCUUGUAUUAUACAUGUAUUAACAUAAAAUAUAUUUUUUCUGCGAUAUUUAUUUGUCCGCGCCAACGCUAUUUUUUCCUUUCUCUAACGAUGUUAAACUAUAUGGCCUCGCCGCAUCAGACUUAUCUAUGCAUCUAUCCUUUUCUGUCACUCAGAGCAUAAAGAGCGGGAGUCCGAUCGCUUCGUUGUUCCGCCGCGUGCCUUGUCUCGCUCUAACAAAUGACAAUUCUGCGGUAAACCAUAGGAAAGUGUAAAAAUGUUGUUCAACUCUUAAACUACCUUUAUGUCUUGCCUAGUGUAUAUUAUAAUGGUGCCUAUGCGUGCGGACACAAACUUAACCGACUUUCAGUGUGACAGCUCAUAAACUAUAGCUGUCCUUCACUUACAAUACGUGCAAGAAAGUGAUGUACCUAGUUUUAGUCAAAAUUAAGUUGGUGGCUGCCCGAAUCGACACCAUUGUAUGCCCAAAUUGUUGGUGGUAUUAGAAAUGUUAUGCUCAGACGAUUUCAAAAUUAUUUGAUCUCUCAAAAACUGGAUGUUAUCAGUUUAAUCUUGCUUUGAGACAAAUUGUACAGUUUUUUUUUAUUUAUAACUUUGUUUUUAAGGGUGCAGUCCUCCCUUUACUACCAGACGAUGUUCUAUCGUCAACUUUGGUAACUAGUUUUCGACUCGGACACAGGCUGCUGGCGCACUAGUGUUAGCAUUCGGAAUGGACCCUAGGUGACGUAGGUGUGGGCCGCGCCCUGUGCCCGACAUUGUAUAUAGCCGUCAAUUAGACACGUCCGAUGGGUGUUGUUAGGGCUGUGAAUGUGUAAAUUUUACUUACUUCCUCUGUUAACACGGUUGACGAUGAAUUUUUAGAUUUAAAAUAUUAAAUUAUUAUUUUAUUUUUUUCCAUAUUUUUAUAUAGGAUACAAGCUAUUACGAUGAUACUAGCUAGUAGUCGCUUGCGAGCCAAACCAAAUACCGAGGUAAAGUUUGACACACUACAUCGGUCGCGUCACCGUUCGAUGUGAGUCAACCUUUAUAUUGCGAACAGCUUACCGCUUGGAUCAGAGUCACAAGCUGCUUACAAAUUAUACCAUAAAUAUAACGAAGUUAUGGUAUAUAGUUUAAGAUCUGAUAAAUAAUAUUGUGCAAUUUGGAGGCCUUCAUUAUAUACAUUGGUUUUCGUUUGUAUAGUAAUAUUGUUCUAAUUUGAUACCCACGGGAUGAUGGGAAGAGUAAAUGAAAAUUACAGUAAAUGCAAGUAUACGAACAUUUUCUGUCUUUGUUUGCGAUCGUCCCUUUGUCUCUUAACAGUUGUCAAUAAAAGUACACAUUCAGGUUUAGAAUGUCGAAUUCUUAAUAAUUAUACUUAGGUAUGUACGUAGUUGUUACUAAAUUUUGUAGUUUGAAAGGUAUUACUUGUGUUAGAGGAUAGUGUUUGGUUUUCUUAUGUAUUUGCAACGAACGAACCUACAAUACUUGUUGAUCCCGUCAUAGAUAUGCUAGAUUACCUGGAUUGCUGUUAUUUGAGACGCAUUGCAAUCUGACACGAGUUGUUAAACUGUGAACAAAAAUCUGUUUAUUCAUCUAAAUGUUAAAGUUUAUUUUUCUAUACCCUAUUUAACGUAGCAUGAUUAGUGAUAUAUCUCUCAUCUCUCGUACUUAACUGAAUACUUUCAAGCGCGGAUCAGACAUCUCUCGUCUCUUUCGCACUAGGCGAUGUGCAUAUCUCUGUCCUGUUCUAAUCAUGCUACUUCAUAGGGUAUGUUAUGUUUAGUGUGUAAAUUAAUGGUUUCUCUACAACUCAUUGUUAAUCGCGGUUCGAUAUUAUUUCUUGUGAAGAAAAUUGCAAGACGCUUGUUCAAUAUAAUUUGGAGCAGUUGACGGAUAUUGUAUAGAUUGAUCGUGUACAGUGCCGCCGGAGUGCCCUCGCAGAGCAGAAUGACGCCUAUUGUUAACAUUGUAUGUAUUGUUCUUGUAUAUAUUCAAUCAUUAAAGUUGUUGAUAUUUC